UCCUGCAUCCGGUUUAGAGCGGAAGUAAGGUCCUAACAGCGCGGAUUAGUAAGCAACUGCUAAUACGCUAGCUCAGUUGUUUAAUUGAGAUUUUAUUGAAAAGUCUCAAAUAUGUCCGGAAGAGAAGGUGGUAAGAAGAAGCCUUUAAAAGCUGCCAAGAAAGCGACUAAGGAGAUGGAUGAUGAUGAAAUGGCCUUCAAACAAAAGCAGAAAGAAGACCAGAAAGCCUUGGAGGCGUUGAAGACGAAAGCAGCAGGAAAAGGACCUUUGACUGGUGGCGGAAUCAAGAAGUCUGGAAAGAAGUGAUUUGGCGUUAGAAGAUCAUGGACUCAUUUGCUGAAUCACAGCCCCCCACCCCCAUAUUUUUUUUUCUUGUUUGGGUCCAUUGAAGAAUUAGUAAAAUACAUGAAAUGACCCUUUUUAACAAUAAUUUCCAGUGUGUUCUUGUAAAGGAAAAAGUUCUGUACUAUUAAAGUCUUGUAACUAC